GGAAGGAUGUUAUUGCUCAGUGUUUCUAGGAAGAAGGAUAACCCUUGCAUUUCUAGACCGGGAUGCUCAUUCAAACAAAACUGCUCAGCGAGAAGGAGAAGAAACAGCAGAUGAAUAUGUCAAGCAGAACGCAGGCUGCAUAUAUCUGGUAUGGCUGAACAGUGAUAGUACCAGCAAGGGACCAUCUACAGAUGAACAAAAAGGUCACAAAUCUACCCAAAAUGUCAAAAGAAAUUGGGAGUGUGAAGAUAGUCGAGAUAUACUG